GCUCUUAUUAAACCGGCUCUGGUCCUCAUACACGCCGCAUGGCGGAGAAAGGAGUUUGUUUUUACUCCAUUAAUCUGUUUUGAGGUCUAAAGUCUGUCUGCUUUAACGUCUACAAGUAUGAGCUGUGUGUGAUAGGCGUAUAAGGGCUCGCGCUUACUGAAUAUGACUGGGAUCGUCGCGGUUUGACACUGUGUGUGUGUUUAAGGCGAACGGGACAUUUUAACUCGUGUAACGUUGCAAGGCAUCCAGACGAUAAUGGAUAGUGAUGAUUUGGCAGACAGUGUUCUUAUUAACCUGGAUGUUGAGGGUCUUACUCCUGAGACCCUCAAGCAGGAGAGGUACGAGUUUUCAACAACUCGAAAGUGCUGCUCCUACAUAAAGAAGAGGACAUUUGCAACAUUUGUGGCAUCCAAAAAGGUCCUGACCACCUCGGAUGCCUCACCACUUUGGCAGUGCUGUGAAGAGACAUUUUCGGACCCUUGCUCCAUCCACAAACAUGUCUCGAACCUCCAUGCUGAUGAGAUCGAGCAGCUCACCACUGCGGCACUGGAUCUAAUGCUCAGCCAAAGCGAGGGUGAAAAAGACGAGAAUGAGAGUCAGUUAAAGGACACGUCCUCUUGGAUACCUGAGACGAGCCAUGUUUCAGAGGAGAAGCUCAGCAAAGGCCCAGGUGAAGUCCUCCUGUAUUACUGCUAUUGCCAGAUACAAGACCCUAAACUCAUUUGUGCUUGGCAGAGUGAGCUGUGUUCAAAGCUUUGUCUCACUGGCAAGGUACGUGUGGCCACUGAGGGCAUUAAUGGAACAGUUGGUGGCACCAAAACAGGCACAAGCCUUUACAUCAAGGCAAUGCUGUCACAUCCAAUUUUCAAAGUAAUGCUAGUGGAGGAUUUUAAAAUUAGUGAAGGCAGUGCAGAGUGCUUUCAUGAACUUAAGGUAGGAGUCUAUAAAGAAAUUGUCCCGAUGGGUGUGGACCCAGAUAUCAUCUCCUACAGAUUAGCAGGAACACAUUUGGAACCCGAGGAAUUUCACAAACAAGUGCAGUCUCUGCUUGAAGAUGGUUCCUCAAAGAUUGACACAAUACUGCUGGACUGCAGAAACUUCUACGAGAGUAAAAUUGGCCAAUUUAGAAACUGUUUGGCGCCAGACAUCCGCAAAUUCAGCUACUUUCCUGCCUAUGUGGACAAGAACCUGGACCUUUUCCGCAACAAAAAGGUUCUUAUGUAUUGCACCGGGGGUAUACGAUGUGAACGAGGGUCUGCCUAUCUUCGUUCAAAAAAUGUCUGUAAGGAAGUGUAUCAGCUGAAGGGUGGCAUCCACAAGUAUCUGGAGCAGUUCCCGGAGGGCUUCUACCGCGGCAAACUCUUUGUGUUUGAUGAACGUUAUGCAAUCUCAUUCAACAACGACAUCAUCUCGGACUGUAGGUACUGUGGAGCCCCUUGGGACCAGUAUCAGCUUUGCUCUACAGACUUCUGCUGCCAGCUGGUCUUAUCCUGCCCCUCUUGCAGGGAGAAGGGCCAUACAGCCUGCUGCCUUGUGUGCCAAGCCAAAGAGCAGAUGACCAGUUACAGCCUCUCACACAAAGAGGAGUGUGAGUGUACUGACUCCCGGCCCAGGAUCCCUAAUGACACUUUAUGAUGGGCAUCUGUCGAGGCCUCCUGAUGUCCAAAAGGCAGCUUGUACGAAGAAUGCAUGGUUUUAAAAGAACAAUCUGUAUUUCUUGAAGGACGAAGUUUCAUAGAUCAGAUUUUACUGCAAAAUCCAAAUCAAGUUCCAAAGUCUGUCGUGUUAGAAAAACAGACUCAAAACUGUGUUCUGUCUAUCCGGUUUACCAUGGACUAAACUGCAAUACAUUUUCAUCUCCAAAUCUUUAUUUAUAGGCACUCGGGUACAUAAAUACAAAUGUAAGGACAAGGAAACGCAUCACACAAUCACAAUGUAAAUGUAUCAUUCAGUGUACAAGACAAAAGCCUCAACUACCAUUUGCUCAUUACUUCCUUCACAAGAUGACCACAUAUCUGUACGUCAGUGUGUCUUACAUAUGUAAGCAAUAAGGUUUCAUUAUUACAGUCAGAACUAUACAUAAGGCCUCAGGAAUGAGAAAUGUUCCCUUUGUGAGAAAAUUAAGAUUUUAGCUUUUUGGCAUUGUACAAGCGUCUGUAAAGAGAAAUAAAAACAUGGUCAAUACAUGUUUAUUAACCAAA